AUGCCCGAAGAGGAGCCUUGCGUGAUGUCACAAGAAGAAAAGUGGGCAUUGUCUCAGUUGCGUGAAUCGUUAGUCAAGGUCGGAGAACGUUACCAAGUGGCAGUUCCAUGGAAAGGAAACCGUCCAGUUUUAGCGAACAAUUACGAGACAGCACUCAAACGACUUGAGAACACAGAGAAACGGCUAUUGAGAACCGAGUCACUCGGGGCAAGUUAUAGCGACAUCAUUCGAAGUUAUAAGGAAAAAGCAUACAUUCGUAAGGUGAACCAAGACGAAGAAAUGUCACCUGUUGGUCAGGUUUGGUUCUUACCUCAUUUCCCGGUGUGCCGUCCAGACAAAGAAACGACAAAGACCCGUAUAGUGUUCGAUGCCAGCGCCAAACAUCAGGGAGUAUCCUUAAACGACAUGAUCUUACCUGGACCAAAGCUGCAAAGUAAUCUGUUUGACGUAUUACUUCGAUUCCGUCGGUAUGCUGUAGCCAUGGUAUGCGAUAUCCGUGAAAUGUACCUGCAAAUCCGGAUCCCGACUGAAGAUCGUUCGUACUUCAGGUUCUUGUGGAGGGAUCUAGGAACUGAUAGACGUCCAGAAGUGUACGAGUUCGAGAGAGUGGUUUUUGGAGAUACGUCAGCCCCUUUUCGUGCGCAAUAUGUAACUCCAGAAAAUGCUCGACAAUACAAAGAAAUUUACCCCCUCGCAGCAGAAGUCAUUGAGAAAUCAACGUACAGGGAUGAUUCUUUGGACUGGACUCGAACCGAUGAAGAAGCAAUCGAACUGUACGAGCAGUUAAACAAGUUGUGGAAUUUAGCUGGAAUGGAUCCUCGAAAAUGGGUGUCGAAUUCCCACCGCGUUCUUGAAAGAAUUCCCAGUGAGAAACGGGCAGAAAAGGUCGAUUUAGACCAAGGAAAUAUUCCUACGAUCAAAACACUGGGUGUAUUAUGGUUGGCAGAGGACGAUGUGUUUUCGUUCCGAGUAGAAGCGGUACUGGAACCAAAGUUUACGAAGAGAACAUUACUAAGCCAAGUGUCGAAAGUAUUCGACCCGUUAGGGUUUGUUUCGCCUUUCGUCGUGUCAGCAAAGAUUAUCUUUCAAGAGUUAUGGGUGCAAGGAAUUGGAUGGGACGAUCCAAUUGAAAAUGAUGUAUAUCGCCAGGCCAAGAGUUGGUUGGACGGUUUAAAAGAUCUCGAAUCUCUGAGAAUUCCCCGAUGCAUUGAGUUGAACAAGGAGAGAUCACCAACAGUGCACACCUUUGCGGAUGCGUCGAAAGUCGCAUAUGGAGCGGUGAGCUAUCUAAGAGUCGAGAAUCCAAACGGAGAGAUUAGGACCCACAUGAUUGCAUCGAAAACCCGGGUGGCACCAUUAAAGCCAGUCAGUAUUCCACGACUUGAGUUGUUGGCAGCGGUUUUGGGAUUGCGGUUGACAUUAGCUAUCGCACGAGCGUUGAACCUUUCCAUUUCUGACGCGCGAUUUUGGUGUGAUAGUAUGAAUGUGCUCCUUUGGAUACGUGGACGUGGUCGGGAGUUCUUGUCUUUCGUUGCCAACAGAGUCGGUCUAAUUCAAAAUCACACCAGUCCGGAGCAAUGGCAGUACAUCGGAUCAAGGGACAAUCCCGCAGAUCUCUGUUCUCGUGGGAGCAGUUCAACACAAUUAAUCUCAAGUGAACUGUGGUGGCAAGGUCCCCAAUUUUUACAGAUAAAGGAAUCAGAAUGGCAGUUGAAGAAAAUUUUGCACGAGGGAAAUGUUAAUCGCAAAGUGUCUACGCUGACGUGCCUCUUACAACCCAUGAUCUCUUCAAGCAGCCCUUUAUGGCGAUUGAAUCCAGAGAGGUGGUAA